AUGCUCCUAAAUGGUGGUAGAUUUUUGGAUAGUCAUGACGCCGAUGGCGAUGGCUACAUUGGCAUACACGAACUCAAAGGUCUUAUCAAUGCUGGUCUCUGCAGUGAUAUUCCUGAUUAUAUUGCUGCGCAAAUUUUACAAAAAUCAGAUGAUGACAAUGAUGGUCGUUUGGAUUUUGAAGAAUUCUAUCGGAUGUCUCAAACGCAUAAAUGGAUGAUAAGAAAUAUAUUGACCAAGUAUUGUCGGUUGGUUGUGCCGCCGCCAAAAGCAAUCGAAGGCGAUCAAUUGGAUGGUGUCUACGAAAAGCAAAUGUCCGUUUGCCCACCCCCACUAACUAUGGUUAUGUUCUCUAUAAUCGAAAUUUUGUUCUUCUUGGUAGAUGUUAUACAUUUUCAAGAUGAUCCCAACAACACUGCCAACAUUGGUGAGAAUACUAAUGGUCCUGCCGCGACAAUAUUCAUCUACAAUCCCUACAAACGUUACGAGGCUUGGCGUUUUGUCACUUACAUGUUCGUGCAUGUCGGUUUAAUGCAUCUCUUCAUGAAUCUGGUUAUACAAAUAUUCUUGGGUGUCGCUUUGGAGCUCGUCCAUCACUGGUGGCGUGUGGCCUUAAUUUAUUUGGCUGGCGUACUGGCUGGUUCGAUGGGCACCUCUUUAACAAGUCCAAGGAUUUUCUUAGCUGGUGCUUCUGGUGGUGUUUAUGCUUUGAUUACGGCGCACAUUGCCACCAUCAUUUUGAACUACAAGGAAAUGGAAUACGCCAUUGUGCAGUUAUUUGUAUUUCUCAUAUUUUGCUUUACGGAUUUGGGUACUUCAGUUUAUCGUCAUUUGACAGAUCAGCACGAUCAAAUCGGUUACAUAGCACAUUUGUCCGGUGCCGUGGCAGGCCUGCUAGUUGGUAUAGGUGUGCUAAGAAAUUUGGAGGUCCGCCGAUGGGAAAAAAUACUCUGGUGGAUCGCUGUUAUACUUUACUUUUCGCUAAUGAUGACUGGUGUGUUGAUACAUGUACUCAUGCCGGCCUAUUUUCCCCGCCAGGAAUUCAAUUAAUUCAAUUUUAUAUGCAUCUAUUGCGUAUAUUUAUUACAACUAACCAUCUUUUAGUGAAUAAGCGAAAUUUUAUAGCAUGUUUACUAUCAUGGUAUUUAAUUAGAAUAGCCGAUUAGUCUGUUGCUGUAUCGAACAUACUAUACUUAGACGCACAUGAACAACUGAACAAUAAUCAGUUAUACUACUCUAUUUUUCUAGCUGUAAGUUUUCAAUGUGUUGAGCACCAAAGUGCCUAUAGAGGUUUGUGUAUACACAAAUUUCGACAUAGAAACGUGUAUAAUUUAUUGCAACCGAACUUAUUUGAUACCUUAAAAAUAUUAUACAUAGUACAAGAAGGGUGCUUCGAUAUGGACGGCAGCGUUUUUCGUCUCCAAAGUUGCUCGCUUAUCAUAAUAGUUAAAACCUGUUUGAAACGUGUCGGUAUCAUUUAUACAUAAAACUCUCCAAUCACAAUUGCUAACUAAUAAUAGGAUUGUUGCACUUGCUACUCGAAGAAAAGCUGCGAGAGUAAAGCAAAGAAACGCAAAUUACGCUCCUUACAUAAAAAUUCGACAAACACUUCUUCACACAAAAAUUUUUCCAUUAAAGCUUGUAUUAGUUUCUGUCAUUUUGACAGCAGUGUUUUUCUCUCUCUUUACUGGUAAAUUUAUUGGUGGAACGCAGCUGUAUGUGUAACUAGACUAUGAAUAGCUUGUGGACCACACCUAAUAUUUUAAUAUAUUUAUCAUGACAGUUUAAAAACAUAUUAUCCUUAUUGGGAGCCCUUUUCUUUUAGUAGAUAGUAAAUGUAAGCAAUUUAAAUGAAGCCAAAUUUGACAUACAAACGCUAUUUUGAUAGCGCGUUUAAAGAAGCGUGAAUUAUUUAAAUUAUAUUAGAAAAAAAGUAAGUUAUUUUUCAGUGUAUUUCUUUUUAAUCGUUUUAGAGCUAAAUCUAAAGCAGAUAUUAAUUUAUGUAUUAGUUGAUAAAAACGCAUUUCAGAAUUGACGCCUAUUUUUAAGUACGUUCCAUUUAAAACAAAAGUAUUUACGAAUUGAGGUAUUUUUAUAUUCGUUAUUGAAAAAACUGCAAA